AUGCUGCUGCCGCCGCCGCCGGCGUCCCGCUCUCCCCCUCCCGUUCCUGCGAGAGCAGCGGCGGCCAAUGGGCGCGCGGAUCUGGCGAGGCGCGGGCGGAGGGAGGCAUCGGCGGCGCGGGCGGGGGCGUUGACGGGCGAAGGCCUGGUGGGGCUCUCCGCAUUCGCAAUGAAGGAAGACAAGGAGAACGCGCGGCCGAAGGAGAAGCGCGGGGCUCCCGUCACCCCGACCGGCAGCGUGGGAGCAGCGGCGGGGGCGGUGGCAGCGGACGCCAAGGCGGGAGGCGAACCGGACAGGCUGGAGCGUCCGAAGGACAAGAAAGAGAUCCUGAGCAAGGUAGUGAUUCGACGCCUGCCUCCCAGCUUGACCAAGGAACAGCUUGAAGAACAUCUCCAACCUUUGCCUGAACAUGACUAUUUUGAAUUCUUUGCUAAUGACUCCAGUUUGUACCCUCACAUGUUUUCCAGAGCAUACAUCAACUUUAAAAACCAAGAAGACAUUGUUCUGUUCAGGGAUCGCUUUGAUGGUUAUGUUUUUGUUGAUCACAAAGGUCUAGAAUAUCCUGCCGUAGUGGAAUUUGCGCCGUUUCAAAAAGCAGCCAAAAAGAAGAGUAAGAAAAAGGAUGCCAAAGCUGGAACCAUUGAAGAUGAUCCAGAAUAUAAGAAGUUUUUGGAAAACUAUAGUGCUGAUGAUGAGAAAUUAACAUCCACCCCUGAGACAUUGCUGGAGGAAAUAGAAGCAAGAAACAAAGAAUUAAUAGCAAAAAAAACAACUCCUCUGUUGAACUUCUUGAAGAAUAAACAGCGGCUUAGAGAAGAAAAACGAGAGGAGAGGAGGAGGAGAGAACUAGAGAGGAAAAGACAACGAGAAGAAGAAAGAAGAAAAUGGAAAGAGGAAGAAAGAAGGAAAAGGAAAGAAGCAGAAAAAACAAAGAAAGUGGAGCGAUGCCCAGAAAAAGAAAGGGACAAAUCAAAGGAUGAACCAAAGAUUAAGCUACUUAAGAAGCCAGAAAAAGAUGAAAGAGACUUUGAAAAGAAAGAAAAGGCCAAGAAACCGGAGAAAGAGAGCCUGAGGGAGGAAAAGCCAGCAAGUGCAACCAGCAGUAUGCCAGCCAGGCGCUCCGAUGGGGAGGCGAAGGAGGAGAAGUCCAAAAAAUUGGAAGAUGACUGUGGAAAAGACUAUAGAGAAAGAGAGAGAGAAUAUGACCGAGACAGAGAGUAUGAGAGAAUGCAAAGAGAAAGAGACAAACUCCGACGCCAAGAAGAAGAGAGAAGGAGGCAGAAAGAGCGCUUCGAGAAAGAGAAGGUUUUUAGAAGAAAGGAGGAAGAUGUGAAAAGGGAAAGAGACUCAUUGCGAGAGAAAGGGAAGAGAGCUGAAUUGGCAGAGUACAUGGGCAAUGCAGAAAAAUCUGAGAAAGUAACCAAAGAGGAGAAAAAAGAAGAUAUGGCUAAGAGGGAUCGCAUUAGAAACAAGGAUCGCCCAGCCAUGCAGCUCUACCAGCCAGGAGCUCGGAAUCGAAGUCGUUUGUCAGGCUAUGAUGAAAGCUCUGCAAAGUCACCCGAUCAAGGAGUGGAUAAGAAACAGGAGUGCGAGACCAGUAACACAAAAGAAGAGUGACAUGUGUUGUGCUUCCUCACUGACCUAGCAGCCAAAGAGCAUUAACUUUGUAGUCCAAAAGUGCCUUGUAGAAAAGAGGAGGGAAUAAAGGGGGAACAGUACUUUUGGAUGUAUCUGGUUUCAGGUCCUCGUUGCACAUUUGGGACUGUGGGCUUGGGCGUCCUCAAUACAUGUUCAGUUGUGGGAGGCAGUGGCAGCAAAACCACAAGGGGGAGAAAACUUCCAUCUCUGAAGAAUGGAAAGGCCUUGUCACCCUAAAAUAGGACGAGUGGUUGCCCAGAAUGAGUGCUGUCUUUCAGAUAAAAGCCACGAACCAGUAUUUGCACUUAACAUACAGCCAUGUUGGAGCCUCAUGUUUGUUCAAGUGUUAAAUGUCUUUUACCACUGUGCUGUGUGGAGUGUGGUCUUCUGACCUGUUUCAUUAACUGGAGGUAGGGUGGGAAGGUCCAACGUAAUCUUGGUACUGAAGACAUCUUUUUGUCUGGUGUGCUGCUUGUAGCCGACUGCAAAAUGAAUUUUCAGAACAAGGCAUGGAUGCUAAUAUUUUUCUUUGUUCUUUCACUUAACAUUUGUAUAGCUUGAAGGAAAAUGAACUUCGCCAUAGGAAUCGUGUUGUUGUUUUUUACACAUGUCUUCUAAAGUCCAGAUAUAGAUGUAUAUUGAAGGUAGCUGCAUAGUCCUCAACAGUCCCUGCAUUCGACCUUCUUUUGUUUCCUGGUAUCUCAUAGGAAAAAUGAUCCGUCUUAAUUGUGCACUGUUUUUACCGAAGCUGUAGAGCAUCUGGCAACCCAGGAAAGUUUUGCUAAGAGUUGUACCUCCUCUUUGUGGCAGUACCCUAUUUGAUACUUAAUAAAACUCUAUGAAGUAGCAUUUAAAA